CAAACCUUUUUUGCCUUUUCAAAUUUCAGAUAUUUGUUUCUGACUAAUGGCUUCUUUCGUUUCAACUUCCACAAUUCCCGUAGCUUCGCUCCCUUGCAAUAACGCUUGCAGAAGCACAAUUUGCCAACUUAGCCACAGUUUAUCUUCUUCCAUUAGAAGCCCUUUGGUUGGUGGCCUAAGACUUGCUCCUAAAAUCAAAAUCACCAGGGCAACAGAGAGAUCGCUUCCACUCCCAUCUAGUUGCUUCAAGACUAGUAGAAUUUCAUGCUCCAUUGCUAAUUCAGAAACUCUGAAAACAGUGCAGAGCACGAUUGCAAAGCAACUAUCAAUUGAUGAAAAUUCUGUCACGCCCUCAACCAAGUUUGCAGAGUUGGGGGCUGAUUCGCUUGACACUGUUGAGAUCAUGAUGGCUUUGGAAGAGAAGUUUGGUGUCUCAAUAGGAGAAGGGGGAGCUGAGAAUAUCUUGACCGUUCAAGAUGCAGCUGAUCUUAUUGGGAAAGUGAAAGCAGCUGCUUCUUAGGCCAAAUUGUCUCCAAAUACUACAUAUCUUAAUAUUUAUAUCCCCAAAAGUGUGCUUUAUAAUAUUAUGACUCGGAAUUUUCCAAUGUUCUAGGUUGUUUUGCCUUUUCUUGUUCCGCUGAGAUUGUUGUAACUGGAUUCAAUCGAAAUCAGAUCCAUUUAAUAUUUGCUUCUUAAAUGAAAAAUCACAAAAUAAUAUC